AUGCUCAUUAAUCGUCUUUUCUCUUCUUCCCUCAGGGCUGAGAAAACGGAGGUGCUCAGUGAGGACCUGCUGCAGAUCGAGAGGCGUCUGGACACUGUGAGAUCUGUUUGCCACAUUGCACAGAAGCGAUUAAUUGCGUGUUUCCAGGGCCAGCAUGCUACAGAUCCCGAGAAGAGACAUAAGAAGCUCCCCCUGACAGCCCUGGCGCAGAACAUGCAGGAGGGCUCGGUGCAGCUGAGCGACGAGACGCUGCUGGGGAAAAUGCUGGACACGUGUGGUGAUGCUGAGAACAAACUGGCGAUGGAGCUGUCGCAGCACGAAGUCCAGAUCGAAAGAGAAGUGUUAGAUCCGCUCUGUCUGCUCACAGAGACAGAGAUCCCGAACAUCCUGAAGCAGAGGAAGCAGCUUGCGAAGUUGGUGUUGGACUGGGAUUCUGCAAGAGGGAGGUAUAACCAAGCCCACAAGACUUCAGGAACAAACUUUCAAGUGCAUCCUUCCAAAAUAGAAUCUCUGAAGGAGGAGAUGGAUGAGGCUGGAAACAAAGUAGAGCAGUGCAAGGAUCAGCUGGCAGCAGACAUGUAUAACUUUGUGUCCAAAGAAGGGGAAUACGCUCGAUGCUUCGUCAUGUUAUUAGAGGCACAAGCAGAUUACCAUAGAAAAGCAUUAGCAGUCAUAGAAAAGGUCCUACCCGAAAUUCAAGCCCACCAAGACAAAUGGACUGAAAAGCCAGCUUUUGGGACUCCGUUGGAAGAGCAUCUCAAGCGCAGCAGUCGGGAGAUUGCGGUCCCUAUUGAAGCCUGUGUAAUGAUGCUUUUGGAAACGGGCAUGAGAGAGGAGGGCUUAUUCAGAAUUGCUGCUGGAGCCUCCAAGCUGAAAAAGCUGAAAGCUGCCUUGGACUGUUCAGCUUCCCAGCUUGACGAGUUUUACUCAGAUCCCCACGCUGUGGCAGGUGCCUUGAAAUCCUAUUUGCGAGAGCUGCCAGAGCCCUUGAUGACCUACAGUCUGUAUGAGGAGUGGACACAAGCUGCAAAUAUUCAGGACCAGGACAAGAAGCUACAGGAGUUAUGGAGAAUUUGUAACCGAUUGCCUAAGCAUUAUCACGCGAAUUUCAGGUAUUUAAUCAAAUUUUUAGCAAAGCUUGCACAGAACAGCGAUGUCAACAAAAUGACACCCAGCAACAUCGCCAUAGUCUUGGGCCCCAACUUGUUGUGGGCGAAGAAUGAAGGAUCCCUUGCUGAAAUAGCAGCAGCCACUUCAGUCCACGUCGUAGCGGUCAUUGAGCCGAUCAUCCAGCACGCAGACUGGUUCUUCCCUGGAGACCAAGAUUUCAAUGUGUCGGGGCUGUUCGUGGCAGUUCCUGCUGUUAAUUCCAAUCACUUGGCACACGCUGGGAACGAGUACGAGUCCGGGACGCUGGAGCGCAAGAGGCCCGUGAGCAUGACUGUGAUGGAGGGGGAGCUCCUGAAGAAGGAGAGUACCUCAAAGCCCAAGGACAACUCAUCCUCAGCCACUCCUCCACCUGUGCGGAACGGCGGCCACGCGGGCGCUGCCCAGACCCAGGCAACGAGCAGCGCUAAUCAGCUUUGUGUUAAUCAGCCCCAGAACGCGGCGGGUCCCAGUCCCCACUUGAUGAGGAGAG